AUGUCUCAAACAGUUAUUUUAGAACUUCACCAGAGAACUGCAGUGUUUGCUUCCAGGAACUGUGAGAGGACAGCCAGGCCUCUCUUUGAUAUACAGAAAAGGCUGGGCCUUAAUUUAGAUCGCGGGUUGACAAUCCAAAGUGCUAAACAACCCUACAAGAAUCCUGCUCGAUGCCAUGCUUUUGAAAAAGAAUGGAUAGAAUGUGCGCAUGGAAUUGGUACUAUCCGGGCAGAGAAAGAGUGCAAGAUAGAAUUUGAUGAUUUCAUAGAAUGUAUAGCUGGGGUGAAAACGAUUCAACGCUUGAAAGCCAUCCAGGAACAGCGGGAUAAGCUAAUAAAGGAAGGGAAAUAUACCCCUCCGCCUCACCACUUGGGCCAGGAGGAGCCUAGACCCUGAACAGAGAGCAGCUGCUGAUGGCUGGAGGCUGAUUUUCAUUCUCCACUGGAAAAAUUGUUUACUGAAAACUUCUUUAUCAAAGUAUGUAAAAAUAAAGGAUUGCUCCAUCUU